AUGUCCGGCCUCGAAGGCAUCGCGGGCCUGAGCCUCGCCUGCAACGUCAUGCAGCUCAUCAGCUUCGGCCACGAGGCCAUCUCGAUCUGUCGACGUAUCCACGAGAGCGGAUCCCCAGAGCCUGGUCUCUCUGAACACGCCGAGAGUCUCAAAGCCGUGUGCGAUGGAUUGGAAAAUUCCUUGGGCAAACGGCCGACGCCCGUUGCUACUGCUGCUCCCACUGCCGCUGCCACCAGAGCACCGACAAUGGAGAAGCGACUUCUCGACCUUGCCGCCAAGUGUAUCAAAAAUGCCAGAGAUCUUGAGGAGGAGAUGAAGUUCCUGUCUCCUAGUCAACCAGGCAAACUUAGAGCGCUGGUCGCUGCGCCAAAGAUACUGUGGCGGAAGAGGAGACUUGAGAGACUUAAAGGGAAUCUGGAUGACGCGCAGAAAGUCAUGGACACAUCGAUUCUCGAGCGUCUGUUCGCCAGAGUAGAAGCACUCUACCAAGCGAACAACCAGGGCUUUUCAGAUCUGAGCCAAGAGCUCCAGGAAUUCAUCACAGACCAUGCGGCUUCGAAUAGCAUCCUUCGAAAUGCCAUUGAGACACAAACGAAGGGAAUUCAAGACCACGUCACCAUGGAAUCCUCGAAGACGCAGAAUGAAAUCAAGUUACACGUGUCCCUCAAACUUUCUAGUCAUGAGAUUUCUAUCAAGAAUCAUGUUUUAUCAUCUGCCCGGGAUGUCCAGGAUACUUUUUCACAGAGGAUGACGUCCAGAGAGGACUCAAAGGCCAAAGAGCAGGCCUAUCAGCAGCUUUUGAAAAGUCUCAAGUAUCCUGGAAUGAAUGAACGAAGAAAUCAGGUUUCAGAAUCGCAUCCAAGAACCUUUCGAUGGAUUUUCAGCGACACAUUUCGAUUCAGCGACUCGGAUUCGGACAGUGACGGGGAGUCCAAAUGGCUCACAGAAGACGAUUCCAGCACACACAGCGAUGAACCUGCCGAUGUUGACACGACGAGCAUUCGGUCAGAAGAGUCAGUUGAGUCGUCGGCCAGCUCAAGAAGCUCAACUCGUUCUCUUCGACCAACUGAACCUCCGCCUUGGGACAGUUUUAUCGACUGGUUGAAAGAUGACACUCGUAAAGUUUACUGGAUUAGUGGCAAACCCGGAUCUGGGAAGAGCACACUGAUGAAAUACAUCGAAUCAAAUGACAGCAAUAUUAACAACCGCGAACUGGCAAUUCGUUUUCUAUCACAUUACCUGUGGAGACCUGGUACCUUUAUGCAACAGAGUAUCAAAGGACUGCUCUGUUCUCUGCUUCAUCAAGUUCUGUCCGAAGACGAGAGAAUCGCAAUGGAAGUUUUGAAGAGGCAGCCGUAUAUAUCGAGGAAAGAUGCAGACACCGACUGGACUGCACGAGAGCUUGAGACCACCCUUAUUUAUGUGCUACGAAAUUCGGCUUGCCUCCAUUUGGUGCUUUUAGAUGGCUUAGAUGAAGUCGCCGAUACACCGGAUGAAGGAGUUGGCCGACUUUUGUGCCUCAUAAACGACCUUGUCACGUCAAAUCGAGUCAAAGUCUGUGUAUCUAGCCGUCCUGAGCCAGCCUUGAAGCGCGAACUCGAAAAGCACCCGAUGCUCAAGAUGCAGGAUCUGAACAAUCGAGAUAUCCGCUUGCUCACGCGAGAACGAAUUGAGGCUAUGCAAGUUGACGCCAACAAUUACACGACCAACCAUUUAUCCAAUCUCAUCUGUGGAAAGGCCGAAGGAGUUUUCAUCUGGGUAAUCCUUGUUUUGAAUAGUCUCAAACGAGGUCUCGACAACUACGAUGAUAUGGACACUCUUUACAGUCGUGUGAAGUCCUUGCCCAAGGACCUGACGAAACUGUAUAAGGAGAUGUGGUCCCGACUGAAGGAAGACAGCGACCUCUAUCGAAGGAAAACAGUCUUGCUUUUUUAUAUGGCCAUGGAAUUCAAGACAGACCCUGAACGUGCUAUUAUUUGGCACGGUAACGCCAACCUCCUUGGUCUUGCAAUUUCUACAGACGAUGAGAUGCUGGAGUCCUUCAUGUCCAGUCAUGGCUGGGAGCUACCCGAUACGGAAUUACUCUGGCAAAAAUGGUAUCGCUUAGGGAGAAAACUACCAGCGAUGUGUGCCGGGCUACUGAACAUCACUGAGCCCGAAGAAGCUUUCUCGUCCCCUAAUGAUUACGAGAGUAAAUUCAAGCCUUGGGGCAAAACGGGCAUUGAUUUCACGCACCGGACAGCUAUCGAUUUCAUUUGCAAUAGCGAGGAGGGCAAAGAACUUUUUGGCCCUUACGUCCCGAAGCAAGACGACCUUCUUUCACGGGCGAUAAAGACAGACCUAAUAUUACUGGUAGGUCUAUUAUCAGGCCUCGCCGGUUAG